UACAGUUCUCGAGGAAAAACCCUUACGUGUCUGGAUGAUUGGGUGAUGUGAUACAUGAUGCUGGGGAGACUAGAGGUGCUUGUGGCGUUUUGGAAAGCAUGGGGCAUCCAGUCGGCUGUGCUACUGAGCUUCGCGCUGCAGGUGACCCUCCUGGUCAUGGCUGAUGUCCGCCGGCAGAUGGAGUCCCGCUUGGUAAAGGCCAUCCUUUGGUCAGCAUAUGUGCUGGCCGACACGACGGCGGUGUACGCCCUCGGCCAUAUGUCCGUGGCAAGUAGGUCGGCGGAGCAUGAGCUUACAGCGUUCUGGGCACCGUUACUGCUAGUGCACCUUGGCGGGCAGAACAACAUCACCGCCUACGCCAUCGAGGACAACCAGCUGUGGCUGCGGCACCUGCAGGUUCUGGGGGUGCAGGUCCUGGCAGCUUGCUACGUCCUCUAUCAGUCUCCCAUCCUCCACGUCCGGACCUUGCUCUUGCUCCAGCCGGCCACCAUCCUCAUGUUUGUGGUCGGUGUCCUCAAGUAUGGGGAGAGAGUGUGGGCGCUCAUGCGCGCCAGCAACGGUGCCAGCAGUAGCCUAUCCGCAAGAAGCUACAGGGAUUUCCACAAGAAGAAGCUGCCUUCCACUUGGUCGGAAGAAGCACCUGCACCUACACGCCCGGGACGGGGAGAUACAACGGAAAUCCUGCUCAAAGCAUACCUGAUGCUGGACGUUCCCAAGCAAAUGUUCGAGGGGCCAACGCUGUACGUGCAGAUCCAUGAUGCUUACCCCUGCGAUGAAGGUGAAAUCUCGCAGAUGGUCGGCAUGCAGCUCUCCAUGAUGUACGACCUCUUGUACACCAAGGCUGCGGUCGUGCACACCUGGUACGGCUGGUGCGUCCGAGUCGUCUCGCAGCUCUCCACCGUUGCUGCGCUCCUACUCUUCCAUGCAUCCACUGCCAAUCUACUGCACGGUGGUUGCAGCAGAGUAGAUGUUAUUGUCACUUAUGUCUUGCUAGGCGGUGCAGUCGUCCUGGAGACAAUGUCCACGCUGAGAGCCGUUUUCUCCACCUGGACAUGCGUGCUCCUCCAAGAACGUGGAUGGCGUCAGCUUGCCCGCGUGCUCCAGAUCCUUCCCCAGAGCAUCAGGUCUGCGGUGCGUGCAAGGUACUGGUCCGGAUCCAUGGGGCAGCACAACUUGUUCGGCCUCUGCACUCGCAGUAGCAUCAACCUGGGCAGCAGAAUCGCGAGAUUGAUGGGAUACGAGGAUUUGUGGGACUCCAGCUUCUACUCCUGGUCCAUCUCCGUCUCACCGGAUAUCAUCAACUGGGUGGUGGAACUGGUGUCCAAGAGCGAGGGGGUCGACAGAGAGGACCCAGAUCACAUUACAAACUCAAGGGGCCGGGGGGCGCUGAAGAGAGCUGACAUGUACGACGACCUCAACUGGACCGUGGAAAUGGAUUUGGAUGAAAGCAUCCUCGUAUGGCACAUCGCCACUCAUGUCUACCUCAGUUGGUACAUAAGGGAGGUAAAAGUGGACGACACUGCCAAGGCGACAGGGGAGCUCUCCUGUUACAUGUUUUUCCUCCUCACCGUACGUCCCUACAUGCUACCUUAUCCUGUUAGUCGCCAAAGGUAUGUACAGCUAGGCUAUGACUUGAUCAUCUCAGGACAGGAUCUAUCGCGGUUGAUACAAAACAAGGCCAACGCGCAGACCAGUAUUACACUUCUGGAAACCGUCCGCAAUAAUACACUCAGUAAAGGAUGUCAGCUUGCUGCAAAUCUGAUCCGCAGGGGUUCUGGAAUGAUAUCUAAAAUAUGCGAAGUGUGGGUGGAGAUGCUAUGCUACACAGCAUAUCGUUGCAAUGAGAAUUCUCAUGCCAAACACCUGAGCAAUGGGGGUGAGAUCAUGACAGCCGUUGCCCUUCUCAUGCUAUACAUGUCAAAGGGUAUUAUUAAGACAAGGGCAAGCUCCCACUGACCGGCACUCUUAUUGUUUAGCAUAUACUACUAGCUACUCCCUCCGUUCAAUAAUUCGUGUCCAAAUUAGCUGUCGUAGUUGGUUGUUAAUUUGCUUCGUAUGGCUGCUGAUUUAUGAAGUAUUUUUAUGAGUUUUGAA